AUGGAUUCUCACCUGCUCCCGCAUACCGGGAGCCCCGACCCGGAGCUUCAGGUACACUUCCCGAGCAUUCCAACGCACUCCCGCACGGCAGUCUCCCUGCGCUGCUGUUGUGGUCGCGAGGACUGCGCGCUGCUUGAGCAUAAUCAUGUUGCGCUCGAGGGGCUGGAGAAGGACCUUGAAACAGCGGCUAGAUUAGGUCAGGCCCUACUCCAACGCCAUGAAAGCUAUAUAGCCGAGGCGGAAGAGGAUCGCCAACGGCUUGAGGGAAGCGUGGAUGUAUUGGAGCGCGAAAAGUGCCGAGUCCAGGCGGAGAAUGCACGCAUCGUCGAGGAAAACCGCGCUCUCCUUGAACAGCUCGAGGGCCUGAACAAGGCAGUCUCUGAGUCUGAUGAGCACGUGCAGUCACUUACUAGGACACUCGAAAGUACACAGGCAGAGUUACGCCGCGUUACUGUCGCUGCAGCGCGCGCAGCUGAUCUUGAAGCUCAACUUGUGCUCAUGGAGACGGAACAGUUUAGAUUAGAGGAUAGGCUAUCCUCGGUGCAGGAGGAUGAGAGAUCCGCCAUGCAGCGCUGGAAGACUGCCGAGUCUACGCUGCGCGAUCUUCAUGAUCAGGUGGAGCGCAUUGAAGCUGAAGCCCGUGAGGAGCGCGAGCAACACCAGGAACUCAUGCAGCGGCUGGAACGGAAACGAGCCGUGGAACGCGAACUCGAUAACGCAGCCGGGCGUCUCAAAGGUGCGGCAGCUGCGUCUGAACUUGGUCGCAACCCUGGUGCGCAUGUUGUCUCGCGCUUCGUAAAGGAUAUCUUGCAAGAUAAUGCAAACCUGCAAGUUGGCAUCAUGGAGCUGCGCGAGAUGUUAGAAAGCUCCAAUCAGGAGGUACAAAACCUGCGUGAACAAAUCCACAAUCACCAGCCGCUGGCCGGCGUUGGUGACGAUGAACACGCUGAGCCUCUUUCAUCCACCACUCUCAGCGAAGAGCUCGAGUCGAAGGAACGCCGAGUCUCACAGGAAUUCCACAUUCAUCAUCACUAUCACACACCCACAUCUUCCAAGAAAGACAAGGGCUCACUCAACCGUCGUGUGAAGAAGCGACGCCCUGCUCUUGGAAGCCCAGUUCCUCUUUACUCCGCCAUGGGCACUCACUCUCCUCGUCGCUCUAUCCAUCGUUCGCAAUCUUCCGGCUCAUCUAUGAACACAAUUCUUUCUCAAACAUCCGUGUCGAUACCUCCCACCUCAUCCGCCCGCCGAUGGUCGCUGCAAUCCCCAGCAGCUGACUCCCUAGCAAGCUCUCCGCAAUCAGCCUUCCGCACAUCAUCCAUAUUCGACCGUGUCGAUCGCGGGUACGACUUCUCCCAACCCACCAGCCCCGACAGCACUGUAUUUUCCUCGCCACUCAUUGGCGCACGUAAUAACAAAGGCUUUGAUAUGCCGUUCCGCCCAUUAGCCGCGCUUGAUGAUCUCGAUUCACCUAAUGCCGAGUCAUCCGAUUAUUUCAAAGAAGACCAGUAUGAGCGGCCAGGGUCUAUGGGUAUGUACGGCGAUGGCCUCGCACAACAUCCAUCUAUUCCAGAAGAAUCAGAGCCAUCUCCAACGAAACUCCACUCCGAUUCCAUCGAGUGCAGCCCUGCACCGGCCACCGCGGAAGAAAUCUUUGCCAUGCAAUUUCCACCCUUGCGCAAAUCGACCUCGCACGAUAGCCUGCUCUCGGUAGCUGGCAUGGACAUCCACACACCAACCAACCGCCACUCUCGCAUGGGUGACUGGCACCCGGGCAUGCGUAUUCCACGGCGAAUUGUCUCGCCUAGUAUCGAGCUAGUCUCGACUCCACCAGUUCUCUCUGUGCCAAUGAUAACCGCAGACCGCGCCAAUGGACUUGGUCAAUCCUCACGGUCCCUUCUCGCCUCCGUCGCCGCAGGCAAUAACCUCCCAUCUGAAUCUGCAUCUGUUGUCUCUGCGGAUAGCAACAGCACAACCUCCACCGCCACGCCAGUGCCGCGCAAGUCGUCCACGCUCGGCCGGCGUAUGGGAGGCUGGGUCCUUGGUCGUUGGGGUAUGGCUCCGGUCCCGGACGACGCAGCGGAAUCUGAGACUGAGUCUGUGACUCCGGCCUCGACAUCAGUAGUUCAACCCAAAGCCAUGCCUGCAGAACCCACACCGCCGCAAUUACACUUCAGAUUCACAGGCGUGAACCAGAAAGGCCCUAUUCUAGGACUGCGCCCUCCACCGCCGGCACCGAUCAAUAUACGGCCGAAGAAUAUCAACGAAGAACUUCUGAGGGAGAGUCUUGCUGAGGGGAACCAAUAA